UAAACAAACAACACCAAUAACAACAUCACACAAAUACAUAAGCACGAAUACUUAAAUAUAAAUACUUAAACACCAAAACAAAAAUACUUAAUUACGUUAACACAAUGCCGACCGCGACGCACCGAGAGUUAGAAGAGAACUUCUUACGUACACCUUCAAAGGUGGACGAUAUCAUGAAGUUCUUAAUUGACAUGAGCAAUGCUAAAAGAACGGAUGCCAAGGACAACGAUCCCGAAGUGGAAACUAACUAUAGUGCGGGUAUCACAGAUGACAAUUUUAUGGUUUUGUCGCGAAGCUCGCGCUUUGCAAAGAAAAACAAGCUAACGUUCAGAAAGAGUUCUAUAGGAUCAACCAUGAAUCAAUUGAGCUUCAUGCGCCAGAUCGAUGUCAGCAGCGAGGACCGGAUUAAGGCACGUGAGGAGCGUAUACGCGUUGCAUCCAAUUAUCGCAGGCUUGGCAAUUUGGAGUAUCGUAAGGUAAACUUUGACAAAGCGAUUGAGCACUAUUCCAAGGGCUUGGAAUAUAUACCUGAUUCGGCUGUGCUCUUUGUAAAUCGCAGCCUGUGUUACAUCAAGAAACGUGAGUUUAAGCGGGCCCUAAUAGAUCUUGAUUAUGUCAUUUUGAAAUUGGAUGGACGCUGUUUGCGUGCCUGGCUCUAUAGGGCCGGUGCCCUGAAGCGCAUGAACAAUGAGGCUGGCUAUCUGGACUGCAUUGAUAAUGCGCGUAGAUUCAAUCAUAGCGAGGAACAAUAUAUUGAGUAUUUUAUUGAUAAAAUGCGUACGGAUCUUUAAUAUUCAGUAAAGUUCAAUCAAACAACAUGAAAAUAGUGAAU